AUGGCGAUGGCCUUGGCCAUUACCAUAUCAGCAGCAGAAGCAUCUAGAGACGAAUCAUUUCUUGGCAACAAGGAAGGCUCUGAAGUAGCUGAUUCCUCUGAAAUUUCUUCGCCUGAAGAUGAAGCACCUAUGUCACUUCGUGGGACUAGCCGCUUCCUUCCCCAAAAAUAUAGGGCCAAAAUGACAUGCAACAAUUACCCCAGAGUAUGCCACAUAAGGGGAAGUCCAGGGCCAGAUUGCUGCAAGAAGAAAUGUGUGAAUGUUUUAAUUGACAGACUAAACUGUGGCAUGUGCGGGAAGAAAUGCAAGUACCCAGAGAUCUGUUGCAAAGGAAGGUGCGUGAAUCCAUUGUCAGAUAGGAGACACUGUGGAAGUUGCAGCAAUAAGUGCAACAAAGGUAGCUUUUGUGUUUAUGGAAUGUGCAGCUACGCAUAG